CCUCCUGCAUUUCUAUGUUGCCCGUCCUCUGAACCGGAUCGUAGGCCGAAAUCUCUUCCAUCUACACGCACAAUGGCCCCGUCAAUGACUCGAGAAGCGUAUCAUUCGCUGCCAGACGAAAAUGGAGACUCGACAGUUUCCUUCCAAAUGCAAGCACGAACAAUAGAAAAGGAGGCAGACGAGGCAGCCGCAGAAACAGAGCGAUCAGUGACGAAUAAGGAGGAGUACAUGACCGGAUUCAAGCUCGGACUGAUUCUCGUCUCCGUCACCAUCGUUUGUUUCCUGAUGAUGCUCGACAUGUCUAUCCUUGCCACUGCCAUUCCAUACAUCACAGACGACUUCCAUUCGCUCCUCGACGUGGGCUGGUACGGCAGCGCGUAUCAGCUGGCAUGUGCGGCCCUGCAGCCCUUGACCGGGAAGGUUUACACACAUCUAAGCUCCAAGUGGUCGUUCCUUGCCUUCUUCCUACUGUUCGAAGUCGGGUCUGCCAUUUGCGGCGCGGCAGUUUCGUCAUCCAUGUUGAUUAUCGGGAGAGCAGUAGCUGGUUUGGGCGGGUCGGGUUUGAUGAAUGGAGGGCUUACAAUCCUGAGCUCGUCCGUCCCUCCGCACCGACAACCAGCGCUCCUUGGGAUUAUGAUGGCUCUUGGAUAUCUUGGCAUAGCACUAGGACCACUCAUUGGCGGAGCUUUGACACAAUACGUGUCUUGGCGCUGGUGCUUCUACAUUAAUCUUCCCGUGGGUGGAGUAGUAGCCAUCCUACUCCUCAUGCUCAACGUGCCCGACCAAGUGGUCAAGCCCGGUUGGCGCAAGGUGCUGGGGUCCUCCCUAUCGCAUUUCGACCUGAUCGGAUUCAGCAUCUUCGCUCCGGCCGCCGCGAUGUUCUUCCUCGCCCUGCAGUACGGCGGCAACCAGUACCCCUGGAAGAGUGCCACCGUGAUUGGGCUGUUCUGCGGCGCCGCCGUGACGUUCGUCCUCUUCUUCGAGUGGGAGCGCCGGCAGGGUGACGAUGCCAUGAUCCCCUUCUCGAUGGUGAGGAACAGGAUCGUGUGGUCGAGCUCGCUUACCAUGUUCUUCUUUUCGGGGUCCGUCUUCAUCACCGGAUACUAUCUCCCCAUCUACUUCCAGGCCGUGCUGGGUGCGACUCCGAUAAUGAGUGGUGUGGACAUUCUUCCCAACAUCCUCACGCAGAUGGUCAUGACGAUGGUUGCGGGGAGACUGCUUGAGCGUUUUGGAUACUACCUCCCAUUUAUUCUCAUCUGUGGCGUGCUAAACGCCGUCGCCAGCGGCCUGCUCACGCUCCUGUCGCCGACCACGUCAACUGGACGUUGGGUUGGGUACCAAAUAAUCCUCGGCGUCGGGCGUGGCAUGGGAUUAACCAUGCCAAUCCUCGCAAUCCAAAACAUCCUCCCCAAGCCUCAAAUCCCCGUCGCCAUGUCGGUCCUGGUGUUCACCCAGAACCUCGGCGGGGCCAUCUUUGUCGCCUUUGCCCAGGCGAUAUUCACCAACAGCCUGCGGCAAACCAUCCCGAAGGCCGUCCCAUCAGUCAGUCCCGAUGCUAUCAUUGCAGCCGGGCCCAACAACAUGAGAAAUCUGGUGCCGGCUGACAGGCUCGAGAACCUGCUGGGAGCCUACAGCACCAGCAUUGACCAUGUGUUCUUCCUUGGGCUAGGUAUUGCGGUGGCCGCGUUACUUAUUUCAUCUAUGAUGGGAUGGAAGGAUAUCCGGAAGAAGGAUGGCAUGAACGAGUCGACCGAUCGACAGAGCUGAUGAGCUCCGAGGUUGGUCUAAUUAGCGACCGGGUUUGGAUAUGCUCAUGACUUUGGUGUUGGCAGCCUUGGAAUAAGAUUUAGAUGUUAUUAGCUACUAGAUUGUGUUCAGUCAACCUCGGGGGUUAAGAGUGGGAAGAGGGAGGGUCCAAUUUGAUAUGAUAUCCUCUCCACAUUCAUGAAUCAUUUCACCCCUGAAGUUGAGCAGCGAGAUGAUAUUAAAUCCACGUAAAUUAGAGGCUACUUUUGCGUCCA